AUGUCUGGUCGUGGCAAGGGCGGGAAGGGCCUGGGCAAGGGGGGCGCCAAGCGCCACCGCAAGGUGCUGCGCGACAACAUCCAGGGCAUCACCAAGCCCGCCAUCCGGCGGCUGGCCCGGCGCGGCGGCGUCAAGCGCAUCUCCGGCCUCAUCUACGAGGAGACCCGCGGGGUGCUCAAGGUGUUCCUGGAGAACGUGAUCCGCGACGCCGUCACCUACACGGAGCACGCCAAGCGCAAGACGGUCACGGCCAUGGACGUGGUCUACGCGCUCAAGCGCCAGGGCCGCACCCUCUACGGCUUCGGCGGUUAAAAACCAAAGUAAUCUUAGAUUCUUUAUAUCAAAAAGGCCCUUUUUAGGGCCCCCAAGUUUUCCCUGAAAGAGCUUUAGUGCUUUUCUCCAAACGGGUCAUUUCGGUAGAGCCGCUGUGUAAGUUUUAGUGCCAGCAAAAUGACUAGAGGCCCAGGUACUCUUGACGUUUGGCACCUGAAUUACUGCUAACCAACCUUUUCGGUACGACGUAAGAAUCGCAUGUAUCUGGUAGAUCCUGGGUCAUUAAUCUAACCCAAAGUCUCAAGACUGUGGAGGUCUUAGAUCUAAAGCACCGCACCCCACACUAAUUUUCUGUUCUUUUGAAUUUAGACCUUAAUGUCAGGGUGAAGGGUAUAAGCAAAGUGAUAAGAUCCACACAGCAGACGCCUUAAAAAAUGUGUUUGGUUAAGCGGAGCUGCGGGGAAGGAGCUCUAGCAAGGGUCUUGAAAACGUACUGCUCCUCUACACUGUAGGACCUAGGUACUAUGCUGAAAAUUUUAAAUUGCUGUAUUUCCCAUUACAAAUCACACUGCUAUGGGCGUUGUACACAGCUGUAUCCUUCUGUGUGUGCAGAUCUAGGAGAGGCGCUGCUUAGUAAGGGGGUCUGCAUAUUGAACAUGAAAUGAGCAACUUGUGUUCCGGGGUUAUUUUUGUUUUAUACCCCCAUACUCCACAAGUACUGAGUUCCUGUUACUCCCCAUCUUCAACAUUUCACUAGUGCAGACUAAUUUUUUGCCAGUCCACAUUUGCUAAACUAAAUCUCAUGUAUUUAAGUUGCACUUCUCU